GUUACAAAACCGCGACCAUAUCAUACCAAAUUUUCUGGCCAUAGCUCCUUAAGGGGGUUAUGGUACUCGAGUAGGGUUUUCGGUGCAAGGUGGUCUUUGAUCCUUUAAUUAUUUAUCUUGAUUUUCUCAAAGUCGAAAAUGACUAAAGUGGUUGCAACUCCAAUGGAGGACAAGUUUGAGGGCGGGAGUGAUGAAGAGAACAUCGAAGAUAUCGCAAAGCCAAAGCAAGCGCUUAAGCGCAAUUUAUCUAAGACCAAAUUGCUCCCCAUCCGGCUCCUAUUACUAGGCUCCUUCGUCUGGUUCACAAUAAACUACUUUCACCACCGCUACUCCCAACCACAAAGCGCAAUCCAACCCCAGGGAAAACAUCAAAACGAUGAUUAUCCCUUCACUCCUUACUCGGAGAAGAAUAGCCCUCCCCCCGAUUGCCGGCCUGUCUUCCGACGCGCAAACCUGACGCUAGCCGAGCAGGAAGCUAUCAUGACCGAGUCCAUCAGUACUACCGCCAUCGCCCAGUGGUCGCACUACUACACUCACGGCAAGCAUCUCGCGGGGACGAAUAAGUCCAUGGCGGAGUGGACGCGGGACAAAUGGAUCGAGAACGGGAUUCCGUCGCAUUUGGUCGAGUAUGAGGUUUAUCUGAAUUACCCAGUCUCUCACUCGCUGAGCUUGACGAUUGAUGGUGGGGAGAGGUUUGUGGCUGGGUUGGAAGAGGAUGUUCUUCCCCAGGACCCAACGACUGGUGCGACGGACAGGGUACCGACUUUCCAUGGGUAUUCGAAGGGUGGGAGUGCAGAGGCGGAGUAUGUUUAUGUUGGAGUGGGAGGAAAGAGAGAUUACCAGAGAUUGGUUGACCUCGGGGUCGAUCUAAAAGGGAAAAUCGCCCUCGUAAAGUACGGUAGAUCCUUCAGAGGCCUUAAGGUCAAGUAUGCCCAGGAACAAGGAAUGAUAGCAGUACUCAUGUACUCUGACCCGGGAGAUGAUGGAAACAUCACAGAGGCAAACGGAUAUGCGGCAUAUCCCGAUGGCCCAGCAAGGAAUCCAUCUUCAGUGCAGCGUGGAUCGACAACGUUUCUGGCCACUAUGGUGGGAGAUCCGACAACCCCAGGAUACCCUUCUAAGCCCGGCGUGAAAAGGGAAGACCCAUAUGCGUUCAUCCCCUCAAUCCCGUCAUUGCCAUUAUCGUUUAGGGAUGCCCUCCCACUCCUUCAAGCUCUUGAGGGAUACGGGUUGACUGCCCAGGAGGUGGACAGGCCUAACUGGGCCGGGGGUCUCAAUGUUUCUUACUCUGUCGGUCCAAGACCCGGAGCUGUUAUUAACCUUGAGAAUGUAGUGGAUUAUACAUACACUCCUAUAUGGAACACUAUCGGCGUCAUCAAUGGGACCAUCGAGGAUGAGGUUAUCGUUAUUGGGAAUCACAGAGACGCCUGGAUUGUCGGCGGAGCCUCGGAUCCCAAUUCCGGAACUGCAAUGCUGGUAGAACUAUCCAAGGCGUUUGGUGAGCUCUUGAGACAGGGAUGGAGGCCCAAGCGUACUAUCGUGUUGGCGUCCUGGGACGCCGAAGAAUACGGAAUGGUCGGGUCAACAGAGUGGUUUGAAGAGUUCGUGACGUGGGCUGUGCCUAAUAUGGUGGCGUAUGUCAAUGUUGAUGUGGCUGUUUCGGGGUCGCACUUUAGUCUUGCAGCCGUACCAGAGCUGUGGGGUCUCGUCGAAGAUACACUCAAAGACACCUCAUCUCCGAAAACACCAGGAAAAUCUAUCUAUGACGAAUGGAGUACACACAAAGGUGUAACGAGAGUCCCCGGUUCCGGCAGCGACUAUAUGGCCUUCAUUCAUACCUCUGGAAUUGCCGUCAUCGACUUUGGCUUUAAAAACGGUCCUGGGGAACCGGUAUACCACUACCACUCUAACUACGACAGCUAUGCCUGGAUGACCAAGUGGAUCGACCCAUCCUUCUCCUACCACUCGGCGAUGGCGCAAAUCGCCGGUAAGACCGUCUUACGAAUCUCCGAGAAUGUCCUCCUCCCAUACAACGUCACCACCUUCUCCACAGCCCUGCAUUCUAUGUUCCUAGACCUGAAAGGCGAGAUGGAAGACGCUGGGAUGGCGCUAGAUGUGUCACGGCUGGAAGCCGCGAUUAGUAGGUUUACUGUUGCCGCCAAGAACCUCAUGGCGAUUAAAGAGGCGUUGGAACCAGGAGAAUGGGGUGGUGAGCAGGAGGCGAUUGUCAAUAAGAGGUUAGGGAAGUUUGAGAGGGGGUUUAUUGGUGAUGGGUUGCCGGAAAGAACGUUUUAUAAACAUUUGAUUUACGCACCUGGGGUGGAAACGGGGUAUGCGCCAACUACGCUCCCUGGGAUCACGGAGGCAGUUAGAGUGGGUAAUGUUGAGGAAGCCACGAAGUAUGUGGGAAUAACUGCGGCGGCGAUAGAUGCAGUCGCGAGGUCCUUGGAGGGGUGAACUUUACUCCAGAAUGACGAUGGGUAUUUGAAUUUGCACGGGUGCCCCUUUUAAGGCCAUAAUGUAUCCGAUGGAUGGAUGUAACCUUACAGUAAUAGGGAGGAGGCUAGUCAUAGUUUGUCACUCGUAGUGCUUGAAGUUGUUACAAUAUUUCCAAAAUUAGAGAGCAUUUAACGACUCGGAGUGAGAAA